UGCGUGACGUAGACAUGUCCUAAUUUGGGACAGGUAGUAAACAAAGCAGUGUGCCAAUUUAAACUGUUUGAUAUGUGCGGAAGUUUAUACACCUCGAAAUAUCUCAUACUAUAGGAAUUUAACAUUUCUAAAUAACAGGACAGAUCAAGAUUAUAUAUACCGUCAUUGGUACACGGACGUUCUAGGUAUGUGGCAGUGAUCCUUCAGCAUUACGCAAUUCAUUAAAGGAUGUCGAGCGGACAAGAGGACGAAAGCCAAUUGGUGGAGCAUGACCAGCUGUCCGUGCAGCCGCACCUUGCGAACGGAGACGCCACUUCCGGGGAGGUGACCCUGGAACAUGUGAACCCUGCCUUAGAAGCGGAUGAGGCGCCCGGAAAUAACGCGAUGGCGGUGGGCACAAGUACCAACAACAAUGUGAUGAAUGGAGACCGAAAACAAGAAAUACCGACAUCCGUCGCGCCAGUGUAUUACAGCGCCCAGAACGGAAGUGCCUCUGUUGUCACAGAGCCUGUGGUCAUCAGGCAACCAAAUGGAAUACAUGUGAUUAGAACUCGAGAGAUUGAAACUGCUAGGACACUAAGCAGGGAGAGACCACUAAGAUUAAAACAUAUCAAGUUGCUCAAAGUGUUUUCUGUUGUCGCAAUAGUCGUGUUCUUCCCUCUCGGAAUUCCUGCCCUUUUGUACGCGAUCAGAUGUGAGAAGGCGUUCCAUGAAGGCAUCAUGCGCGGCAACAUAGACGAGGCCCGGAAGUUGGCGAAGCGGUGUGAGCGCUGCAUCAUCUUCUCCAUAAUGGCGGCGCUCCUGGUGGCAGUGGCCGUGUUCGCCAUCGUCGAGCGGAAGUUGAUGGCUGAUGACGAGGAAUAUUGGAAGCACAGGUCAAGCAAUCAUGUCUUUCCGGCCGGCUGACGCGCCUUUUGCCUAUAAGGUCGUAUGUGGGCGCCCGGUAGCCAGUUCCGGUGACGCCAGCCGCCCACAGUGCCGGUGUACAGGAUAUCAUGAGGUUUACCGGUGACGGAUAGAACAAUGGCUGAAAUGACCCACACACACGGAUAUAUAUGUGAUACUGUAUAGAACAUUGGACAUAAUAUAUAAUGUUACUAGACCGGGCUGUGUGGAGGUCUUGGCAAUUUUAUUUUUUCUCAUAAGAAGACGCAUACAAUUUAAUGAAUGAGCAUAACCAAUCACUAACAGCCAAUUUGCUGGAAUAAUAUACAUAUAAAGGAACACACCAGCCAGAAAAAUUGUCAUUAUGGAAGAAUGUGCUAGGGCUAGUAAGCUGAUCUUAACUUUUGCAACCUUAAAUUCUCAUUUUCAUAGAAUCUCACCAUGUUCUACAGUUCGUAAAGUGCCUUUGCAUAAUGUAACUAUCGUGUUAACUGAAAUUAUUAUUUAUGUAUGUACUAUUCGUUACGUUAGUAUAAAAUGCGAAUUGCCUUAACGUUUUUUUUAAAUACUAGGUGUGAUUAACAAUUUUUAAAGUGUUGCUUAUAAUAGUAGUAUCGGUGAAAGAAAAAAACAAAUGAUGCAAUAAAAAUGAGAUUUAAUUUUACUGGCAUGAUAAUGCAUAAGACGUUGUUGAUGUAUUUUACUUGAUAACAAAUCUGACAUAAAAUAUGCACUAGUGAAUCUCAGGUUAGAAAUAUAAGACUUAGUAGUCAGGCGUUUACCUGCUAGCAUUGUAUUUAUGCGCAUUAAUUGUUUUACCAAUUGAUAUUGAGGAAUGCUCCUGCAUAUUAUAGUUAUAUUCCAUGUUAUUUGCACUUUUGCAUAAUAUAAAUUGUUCAGAGUAUAACAUAUCCUACUAUAGAUGCAUUUGUAAUCAUACAUGUAUGCUAACCAUUUUGUUAAAAUCAUGGUGUUUUGUAAUUGUUUGAUAAAUAUAUGUUUCGUUACCGAG